AUGGUGAAACAAUCACAAAAUGAAAUCGACCAAAUGGUUCAACGAGCACGACCUACGAAUCGCGAUUUGGUUCGUCGAGAUAUUACUCAUGGAAUUAAUUUACCAAUAAGUAACUUAGUUUUAAAAUUGAAGGAAUAUUAUUAUAACGAUGGAAAUUCAAAAGAAUUACUUUGUUUGGAUGGUACUGUCGCAUGUGAAUAUAAAGGAAAUCGAUAUUAUAUUCCAAUAGAAAUAUGGUUUCAACAAGAUCAUCCAAAUGUUCCACCAUUAGCUUAUGUUAAACCAACAUCAGAUAUGUUUGUUUCAACAGCAAGUCGAGAUGUUCAACCAGACGGAACAAUUAUUAUACCGUAUAUAAAAAAUUGGCGUCAUCCAAAUAGUGAUUUACAGACAUUAUUAAAGGCAAUGUCUGAAGCAUUUAGUCAAUCACCUCCUGUAUAUUCAAAUUCAAAUAUGGUUAAUCGUCCAACACCAUAUCCAAUAAAUCCCCCAGCAAUGCCAAUGCCGAUGCCAAUGCCAAUGAACAGCGGAGGAAAUCCAUCAUAUUCCUAUCCAUAUGGAUAUCCUCAAACACAGAUUCCUCAAGAUGUUUAUCGAGAUUCAGUUCAAACAGCUGUUUUAGAUAAAGUUCGAAUUCGUUUAGACGAAAUAAUGCAAAUGGGAAAAGCACAAAUAGAUUCGCUUAAAAAAACUGAACAAGAUUUAAUUGAUGGAGAAAGAAAAAUUCAAUCAUUUAUUGUUGAUGCACAACAACAACAAAGUCAAGCGCAGACUUAUAUAACAAAUUUACAAACGAAAAGACAUGAAAUGUUGGAAGCCACACAAAAAAUGUCAUCGUCAUCAGGAAAAGGAAAUAAUUCUGUGAAAGAAGAUGCUCUCAUAACUCCUGCACCUGUUUAUAAACAACUUCUACAAGCUUACGCUGAAGAACAUGCAAUGCAAGAUUUAUUAUAUUAUCUUGCUGAUGGACUUAAACGAAAUUCUAUUGGAUUAGAUACUUAUUUAAAACAUGUUAGAGAACUUUCUCGAAAACAAUUUAUUUUAAGAGCUACAAUGCGCAAAUGUAGACAAAUUGCUGGCUUACCUUUGAAAUAA